GGCUUUUACUAAUUCAAUUCAUGGUUUUUUGCCAAACAUUUGUUAGCAAAGUCUUCUAAAAUGCCACUAGACUCAAAACGUAUACCGGGGCCACGCGAAUCAUUCCCAGUUACGAACUUUAUUAGCACGGAGAAAGACAACCCCGAUCUUGUUAAUGACGAUGGAACCAGGCAUGAUGGACGAAAACCGAACGACAUACGCCCUAUAUUUUUGAGAUGCGGUAUUAUCAGCAAUGCUAAAGGAUCUGCGUAUAUUGAAACGAAAGAUACAAAAGUCACCUGCGCGGUUUAUGGGCCACGGCAGGUUGUUAGGAGAGAGGAUUUCAAAUUGACUGGGACACUAACAUGUGAUUUCAAAUUUGCAACAUUCUCUUGCCAGAAGCGCCAACAGCACAUGCAGAGUAGUAAUGAAAAGGACUUGUCACUAAUCGUUCUACAAGCGAUGGAGCCAGCCGUUUGCCUCGAGAAAUACCCAAGAGCCCAGAUAGAUAUAUUCAUCACAGUACUCCAGAAUGGUGGCAGUGCUUUGAGUGCUGCUAUAACAUGUGCAUCAGCGGCCUUGGCUGCUGCGGGAAUCGAAAUGUACGAUGUUGUGGUCGGAUGCUCCACCCGACAGAUUGGCAACACGUGUCUCGUAGACCCUGCUUAUGAUGAGGAAUACAACAGCAAAACGGGCGGAAAAAACAACGGGAGUUUGUGCUUAGGUCUGAUGCCAUCAUUGAACCAAGUGUCAGCUUUUAUUGAGUGCGGAGAACUAGAGACUGAGAUCUUGAUGCAGAGCAUACAUUCCUGUGUUGAUGGGUGCAUGAGAAUUUAUCCAGUUGUGAGACAGUGUCUGACUAAGUCAAUAAAGUCACUUCAAAAGCACCAAGAUGGAACGUAAUUACUACCAAAUUAAACUCGUAGUGUAUUCACUAGAAGUGGUUACUAGUUAAAAUAAAUAAAUUGAUUUUUUUUAAA